GAUAGCAUACGAGGAAUAGAGAGAGUUUUUAUUGGAGGUCUUCUUGAUCGCAGGCAGCUUUCUUCGGAAGGUUCGGCCCCUGUCAAGGCGAAUACAGGACGCUUGUUUUGGAGGACUUGAAUUUUCGCUGAUCUCCAGGUUUUUAUUUGGUGACCUUGGGGUGACCUUGAGGACGACAGAGACAGAAAUUUGUCAAUACAGGAUCAGGACCAGAAACCAAGUUAACCACUGCCAGACACAGUCAUGGCCAGCGCAGAAGAGCCCCAAAGCAUGGAGCACAUCCAUGCCAGCGAGCUGUACCCCAAGAAGAAGCUGAUCACAGAAGACAAGAGCCUACAGGUGCCCUUCCCUCUGCUGUCUGGGGAGAGCGUUGAGUUCCUGGGGCGCACAGUUGACGGCGUCAUCGCCCUCUCCACAUUCCGCCUCCUCGUCCGCUUCAAAGAUUCCUUCGUCAACGUUCCCCUGGGCCUUGUGGAGCAGAUAGAGAUGAGGGAUAUCUUCUACCUGAAUAUCUACUGUAAGGAUGCUACAGUGGUCAGGUGUGCUUUCUGCACCAAUGAUGCUUGCUUAGAAUGGUUCAAGCGCCUGACUCUCAGGGCUGCAUCUCCCAAGAAGAUGGAGGACAUAUUUGCGUUUGCGUUCCACGUUUGGUGCGUUGAUCACAGUCCGUGUCCUUCUGACCUGGAAAGCUGCUACCAACUGUGUCAGGAUGAUGACGUGUUCCGGUACAGUUUUGGUAAAGAGGUGGAGAGGAUGCAGUUUGAUCUGAAGAAUGCUUGGAGAAUUUCCCAUGCUAAUGACGAUUUCAAACUGUGUCCAUCCUACCCCAAACAACACAUUGUCCCAGAGGUGAUCAAGGAUGAACAUAUCAUAGAUGUGGCUAACUUCAGGGCGCUUCACAGGUUUCCCUCUGUUGUCUGGAGAGAUCAGCGUAAUGGUGCUGUGAUCACUCGCUGUAGUCAGCCUGAGCUCGGCUGGCUGGGCUGGAGGAACACCUGUGACGAGAACCUGCUGAAGGCUAUCCCUCAGGCAUGUGCCCUUAACCCUGGCCAGGACAACCUAUACAACUAUCAGAAAGAGGACGGACCAGGGGACCCACCUCUCAGUGGGGAUGAAGCUGCAUCUGGAGAUGAGGACCACACCAAAGCGGCAACUCAACCAAAGAAGAUGCUUAUCAUAGAUGCUAGGUCAUAUGGAGCAGCAUUUGCGAACAGAGCUAAAGGGGGAGGCUGUGAAUGUGCAGAGUACUACCCUUCAUGUGAGAUUCAGUUCAUGAAUUUACCCAACAUCCACUCAAUCAGGAAAAGCUUCCACGCCCUGAGGCUGCUGUGUGCUGGGGGUCCAGAUCAGGCAAAUUGGUUGUCAUCUCUUGAGAACACAAAAUGGCUGCAUAACAUCGCUGCCAUUCUGAAGGCGACAUACCUUGUGGUGAAUGCUAUUGACAAAGAAGUGCGUCCAGUACUGGUGCACUGUUCCGACGGCUGGGAUAGAACAUCACAGAUUGUGGCCCUGUCGGAACUAUUGCUUGACCCCUACUACAGGACAAUUGAGGGUUUCCAAGUGCUGGUGGAGAGAGAGUGGCUAGCUUUUGGUCACAAGUUUGCUGACCGGUGUGGACAGAGCGUGAAUUCAGAUGACACCAGUGAGCGUUGCCCAGUCUUCAUGCAGUGGCUUGACUGCGUGCAUCAAGUUCUCAAGCAGUUCCCUUGUGCAUUUGAGUUUAAUGAGGCAUAUUUGGUAAAGCUGGUGCAGCACACCUAUUCGUGUUUAUUUGGGACAUUCCUGUGCAACUCACUACGUGAACGUGAAGAGGAAAGGAUACGAGAGAAAACUUCGUCAGUUUGGUCAUUACUGAAACCCCAAAACAAGAGGUUCUACAAUUACCUCUACUGCCCCAGUUCUGAACAGGUGCUGAGGCCAUCCUGUCACAUCCGCAGCAUGUUGUUGUGGAGCGCAGUGUACCUGUCCAAUAACUCCUCCUCGAUGUGUCCUGAGGAGACGGUGAGCACCGUUGAGGAGGCAUCUACACCAGACACCAAGCUCGAGGUAGCCGGCCUCCAGAAGACGCGCUCCUGUGACGACAUUGUGGCCGCGCUAGAGCACUCAGCUAACUCUAACCGGCGCCUCAGCGACACGACUAUCGCCCUAGACCACACGGGAACCUUAGAACAUAUCCAGCUCCAACAAAUGGACAACGACUGUCCAAAAGCGAUGAGCGAACCAAUCAUGAAUGGUACAGCCAAUGGGCAUUGCACCAACGGGCCUGCUGUCCUGGAAACCACCAGUUUGGACGAGCCAGUCGUGGUUCAGACAGGCGCGUUGGUAAAUGGGAAUGUCACCAAUGGGAUCAGCGAGAAUGGUGUUGUUAAUCCAGGUGAUGAGGCGGAAGAGGAUGAGGAUUCGGAUAUCCAUGUUCUGGUGAAGGAGAGUGUGAAUUCUGUGAUGGAUUUGGGGAUUGAGCCUGUCGCCAACGGGCAUGUUGUGGCUCUAGAGACAAAUGGGCACGGGUUGUCGUGCUCUGCCGCAAGCUCUCAGACACGGGAACAAGUGAACGGUGAGAGCACAGCCUGUGAUAGUAACUUGCAGACGGUCAAGUCAUCCAGCACAAAGACCCUUACGGGGUCACAGACCUCUCUGGACCAGGCCGUGCAUGCCCUGGGACUGGAGAGCUCAACGGACACUAUUGUGGAAGAUGAGGAGUCGACAAAGUCAAAACGAAACACAAGUAGUGCUGUGAGGCUGGUGAAUGGCGUUGUUGCCGCGGCAACGCCAAAUGGAACCACUGGUGUUCCGAACGGCGUUGACAGACGACUUAGUGAACAAAAAAGCCCGAUCAAUCGGCUGAAAUCCCUAGAAAGUAGUAGCAGUAUUAGCACGAGCACGACGGAUAUAAGUGACUCUCAUGUGCACCUCCCCGACACCUGUGAUACCCUCCUGCCCGCUGUGCCCGUUAUCAACGGGGACUGCGGGAACUUCCAGGAAACGCUCCUCUCCAUGAAGCUUCCGUUCCGGGCGGCGCCUAUGGCCCUAAAGCUGAACUGCAGCUGUGAUAGCCCAUACAGCCCGUACAGCAACAGUCGGGCAUCCAACACUAGUCAAGGCUCUGCCCCCUCCACCCCGUUCAGCUCACGAAGCUCCACCUGUCCCCCAACCCCUGGGGCGGAGUCCUCAGGCAAGUUGAGUGACUCGCCGCUAACACGACAGAUGUCCGGACUGGGCCGGCACCUGGACACGGACGGACUGACGACGUUUAACGACCCGGCCCAGGUGCGAAUGCUGCAGUUGGAGAUGGAGUAUCAGCAGAGGAUGGAGGCUAUGGAGAGACAGCUACAGCUGAUGAGGAUGGCCUUCCAGCAGUGUGGCCUCGUUCAGAAUGGCACUGGCCGUGGCUUCAGCGAAGCCAAAGAUGAACUGAUGUGCAUGCCUGACUCAGGAGGCAGUGAAUUCCACUCCCUGGGGAACUACAGCAACGCGGCGUCGGAUGUGAGCUGGGAGCAGGUGGAUGAGAAAGAUUCCAACAUGACGAUGUGGAUCCCUGAUCAUGCCGUGACGCACUGUGCUGGCUGCGAAGGCGCUUUCUGGAUGGCCAAAAGGAAACAUCACUGCAGAAAUUGUGGCAAAAUUUUUUGCAGCGACUGCUCGAAUAACUAUGUCCCGAUUCCGCAGCAGCAGCUGAAGGACCCCGCUCGCGUUUGUAACAGCUGCUUCAGCUUGAUGCGUGCCGACGGGGCCUUAAGAUUGAACUUACUACCUGAGCUCUACUUAGACAACCAGCCGUUCGCUGCUGCUGCCUCCCACUGAAAUGUACCAGUCAAUUCUCGCCAACAUACCAGUCAGACCUUUUUAGAAAUGUAUAAAGGUCUUGUAGCAAAAAUGUACCAGCCAGCUGUUAUAAGUACUGCAGAACAUGUAUACUGUAUUGAAAUCAUUUUUUAUCGUUUCAUUUGUGAUGGCUUUUUCUUUUUCUUUUUUUUUUUUACAAAAAGGAACUUUUUUGUCUUGUGUUGGAAGAAUGUUCGAUGUCUUUGUGUUUUAAUAAUUGGAACUCGGGAGAUUGAGCUGCCCCAAGUUCCACACAAAGUUAUGAAACUUUCUCUCUGGUUACAACUAAGGACAAGUUUAAAUCAUCUCUGAUUUUAUAUCCACCGUAUAAAUAGAGAUUGAAACAUCUGAAAAGUUUAGAAAUACCAGUGUACAUGUAAGUUCGUAUUCUUUGAUGCUGCAUGUCAAACUGCGGAACAAAUGCUGAGAAUGGUUGAAUGCCGAAAGGAUGACAUAUAUAUUGGUGGCAUACUUGUUUUAACAUAUUCUGUGAGAAGUUUGUAAUUUCACAGAGCCAGUCACUGGCAACAUCUGGUUCCCCAAAGCUGUCUCUGAGCGUUAAGGUAAAAUACACCUUGCUGUCCUCACCAUCCUGCAGUAUGUUUCAAAAUCCAAAGUAUUUUCUAAUUUUUUGUUCGUCCAACGCAUGAUUUCGGGCAGAUGAAGGGUGUUUAGCAUUAUUUAUAUGCUAGGGGAACUACACAUUGAUAUUUCCUUUAAAAAAACAGAAAUUGCUUUUUGAAAUUCAUUUCUGUUCUUAAGACAUUGUUUUUCUCUUUUCAUUUCUUCUGGCUAGUUUUGUCUGAAACAGUGUUAAAUAACAAAAAUAGCAUUAGUAUGAUCUUGUCAAACCUGAAUGUCUUCUCUCUUUUAGUGUAUUUAUAAUUUUGUGUUCAGAUUACUUGAAAAGGUUAUAAAGAAUUUGUCAACUUUGUGAUAAAAUGUUUGAUUAUUAUUAUUGUUGUUUCAGUUUCAGUUGUUGAAAAAGAAGAAAAUUCCAAUUCGAAUUUAUACUCUCAUAUCUUGUUAUUUCCUUUUGAGUGCAAUCUCCUGUUAUUAACUGUAUAUGUACAUUAUUAUUCUUAAUUUUUUUUUUUUUUUAUAUUUAUGAUAUAUUGUUUAAAUUGACACUCGUAAUCCCAAAAGUAUUACUUUCUGCCAUACAGAAGGGUUGGCCCAUACAUUAAAAAUCAUCAUCUUACAAUCUGUGUUGAUGUAAGAAAAAGAAAAAAGAUACAUAUACUUUUCCGUGUAGCUCAAUUAUAUAUAUUUUUCGCUAAGAGCUAGAACAUGAUUUGGCAGUUCUCUCAAAUUAAAUCGCUAUUAUACUCUUGCGUGAUAAGUUGAAGUAAUGCCCGCUGAAAAGGAGGUGUGCAAAAGACUCUGGAUGACAUCCAUAAUGGAUUCAUGGUCAGGAUAUAUCGACCAUGAACACUGCUAAUUGUGGAUUGAUACCUAAGGCAUACAGAAUGUUCUG